AUGAAUGCCUCUAGCGCAGAUAUCACCAGUCUCGCUGAGUCCUCUUUGGGCUCGAACGGUACCAGCCUCGCAGACGUUGGUGCGAGUCUCUUCGAAGGACAUUCCUUGUCUACCCUAGCCUUCACUACUUUCUCGUUAUUACUUGCCGUUUCUUGGUACAUCCUGAGUUCGGACAGCAAGAAUCACCCCAACAUCUACGGCAACUACAAGUUCGACGCACCCAUCAUCGGCUAUAAGAAUGCAAUCCUGGCAAGAUGGCAAUUCUUCCGAAAUGGUCCAGCUCUGAUCCGCGAGGGUUAUGCAAAGUACAAAGACGGCUUCUUCAAGGUCUCUGGAAAUGAUCUACUUAUUGUGCCCAACAAGUAUCUCGCUGAGCUCGCAAGCAUGCCUCCAGAGCGCCUCAGUCUCAACACUGCAAUUGUAGACGCAUUCCAGCGUUUACACGCGAUCACCGCUGUGAUCACUGACCACAGUCUUCAAACACGCAUGAUCACCACAAGACUAACGCCAAAACUUGGCGUCCAGGCUCCCCUUGUCCAGGAACAGUUUCAGAAGCAUCUCCCGACAGAGCUUCCUGCGACGAAGACUGAGUGGUUGAGUAUGAAUGCUCUGCAUCUUGCUCGAAGAAUGGUCCAUAGAGGUGUAGCCACUCAGUUCGUAACUGAGCUCGCAGAGAGUGAGGAAUACCUCAACGUCGCCAUUGACUACUCUGAGAAUGGUUUCAAGCACAACUUUUGUCUACGCGUUUUUCCUGAUCUGAUCAAACCUGUUGUAGCCCGUUUACUUCCCACGAGCUGGGGAGUAAACAAUGCUUUGAAAAGAGCCAAGCGUAUGAUUAUUCCAUUGAUCCAGGAGCGAAGGAGACAAGAAAAGGAAAACCCCAGCUACCAGAAACCGGAAGAUUUCUUGCAAUAUCUCAUGGACGGAGGUGAGGAGAUCCAGGAUGACAACGAGACCACGGUCCAACGCCUGAUGGUUACGUAUCUGGGAUCCGGUCCUUCCACAGUCAUUGCUGUUGCACAAGUGUUGUUCGAUCUUUGCGUUCACCCGGAAUAUGUCGACGUGUUGAGAGAAGAGGCCAACGAAGUCCUUCGUAACAGUGGUUACAACAAACAGUCCUUGGCGGCCAUGAAGAAGAUGGACAGCUUUAUGAAAGAGUCUCAGCGCCUGAGUCCACCCACUCUGCUCGGCUUCAAUGCCAUCGUGCGUCAGCCUGUGACACUCCACGAUGGAGUAAUCCUGCCUGAAGGUGCCCAUAUCCAAAUGGCUACGUACGCAAUAGGGACUGAUCCUGACCGGGUCUCAAACCCGAACGAGUUUGACGGACUCCGCUCAUUCAAGCAGCGUAUCCAAUCCAUUGAGAACAAUGGAAACCAAUUCACCACUACCAGCGACAACAGUCUGCACUUUGGACAUGGCAAGAUCGUGUGCCCUGGUCGCUUUUUCGCCGACCACUCCAUGAAGAUGAUUGUUUCCAAUAUCAUUCUGAAGUAUGACCUUCGUUUCAAGGACGGCUCCAGGCAGAGACCGCAGAAUACGAGCAUGUACGACGUUGUAAUUCCAGAUCUGGAGACUUGUGUGGAGUUCAGACUCCGGGAGGAUGCUUUUUGA